UGUUUGAUGUGGCAAAACUAAGCAAGAUUUUCUCUCCCCAGGUAUAAAGGAGAAGUGCACUGAUUGGGCUGAAUUCCUUAUUCAUGAUUUGACUGGUUCCAGGACUGCACCAGCAAAACUUUUAGAAGGACCCCUUCGAGGAAAAACUCCAGUAGAUCUCAUUACAGUGGAUUCACUGGUAGAGCUUCAGGACUCCCAGAACCCCUUUCAGUACUGGAUAGUUAGUGUGAUAGAAAAUGUGGGUGGAAGACUACGACUGCGCUAUGUUGGAUUGGAGGAGUCAGAUGCCUGCGAUCAAUGGCUGUUUUAUUUGGACUGUAAACUUCGACCUGUUGGCUGGUGCCAAGAAAACCAGUGUAGGAUGGAACCACCUUUGGACAUUUGUCCACUGAAAACCAUAUCUGAAUGGAAAAAAGUGCUUUAGAGAAUUCCCUGAUAAAUGCUGCAAGGUGUCCUUUACCUGUUGAAGUUUUUAAGGAUCAUGCUGACCUAAGGAGCCAUUCCUUUACUACUGGGAUGAAAGUAGAGGCAGUGGAUCCAACUGAGCCUUGUCAUAUUCGUCCUGCAACUGUGACCAAGGUUUUUAACAACCUUUAUUUCCAAGUGGCUAUUGAUGAUUUGAGACCAGAAGCAAAAAACGUGUCAAUGCUUUGCCAUGCUGAAUCACUGGGACUUUUGCCUGUACAAUGGUGCCUUAUAAAUGGAGUAAAUCUCACUCCUCCUAAAGGGUAUCCAGAGCAGGAUUUUGAUUGGGCAGAUUACCAGAAGCAGUGUGGAGCAGAGGCAGCACCUAACACAUCUUUCAGAAAUACAUCCAACUCUCGUGGCUUCACAAAAAACAUGAAGCUGGAGGCUGUUAACCCAAAUAAUCCCUCAGAAAUCUGUGUUGCAUCUGUGACCAAAGUAAAAGGGAGAUUACUAUGGCUCCAUCUCGAAGGUCUACAACAGCCACCUCCAGAAUAUAUAAUUGAUGUGGAAUCAGUGAAUGUUUUCCCUGUAGGAUGGUGUGAAGCUAAUUCCUACCCCCUGAGCACACCACACAGAGCAGCCGUGAAAAAGAAGAGAAAGAUUGCGGUUGUACAGCCAGAAAAACAAUUGCCAUCCUCAGUGCCUGUAGAGAAAAUACCUCAUGACCCUUGUCCGUUUCCUCAAACGGAUAAUCUAGGAACCAGCAAUGGAAAAUACUGUUGUCCCAGACUGUAUAUCAAUCACCGUUGCUUUUCAGGACCGUAUUUAAAUAAAGGUCGAAUAGCAGAACUACCUCAGUCAGUAGGUCCUGGGAAAUGUGUGUUGGUUCUUAAAGAGGUCCUUAGUAUGGUAAUUAAUGCUGCUUAUAAACCUGGACGGGUCUUACGAGAGCUACAAUUGGUGGAAGACACAUCAUGGAAUUUUCAGGAAGAAACUCUUAAAGCCAAAUACAAAGGGAAAACCUACAGAGCAACUGUGAAGAUCGUCCGCACAUCAGACCAAGUGUCAGAUUUCUGCAGGAAAGUCUGUGCAAAACUGGAAUGUUGUCCCAAUUUGUUUAGUUCAUUGCUGGUCGCUGAUGUGUGCCCUGAAAACUGCUCCAUACACACAAAAACCAAAUACACUUAUUAUUAUGGAAAACGGAAAAAAAUAUCUAAACUACCAGUCGGACAACCCAGUUUAGAUGACAAUCAAACCAAACCAGUAAGGCGAAGAAAGAGAAGGAAAUCAAUUUUUGUGCAGAAAAAGAGACGCACUUCUGUAGUUGAUGUCAGUCCUGUUGGGUCAGCUGAGCAGGAGAGUAUUGAAGAUGAUGGAGUAGAAGAUGAAACGGGAAGUGAGGAAACAAGUUCUGAAUUACGUGACGAUCACACAGAUACUUCUUCUGUUGAAGUUCCCUCUGUACGUCCACGAAGAGCUGUAACUCUUAGGAAGAGCGUUGGGUAUGAAAGGCCACCAUUGGUAGAGAGAGCCAGAAGAGUUAGGAAAACACGUUCCCUGUCUUACACUGAAGAAGACAAGGCUGCAAAUGUGAAGAAAGUAAGAAUGAUUUCUGAGAAGAAGCAGGAGGAGGAGGAAUGUUUAAUACUGGAGAGUAAUCCUUUGGAGUGGACAGUAACUGAUGUGGUCAAGUUUAUAAAGUCUACAGACUGCGCUGCAUUAGCAAAAAUUUUUCAAGAACAGGACAUUGAUGGACAAGCUCUGUUAUUGCUGACUCUUCCCACUGUCCAAGAAUGCAUGGAGCUGAAACUGGGCCCAGCUAUUAAACUGUGUCAUCAAAUAGAAAGAGUAAAAGUGGCAUUCUAUGCACAAUAUGCUAAAUAA